AUGGCGGCACUCCCGCAGCCCUACGAAACGCGCCUGGUGGCGGUAUCUGCCUCUAGCGUCAACCAGCAGCGCAUCAACUACGGCAGUCGCGUGCUUUUGCCGUCAAGCGUGCUGGAUGACCUUUGUCGCAUCACUAUGGUGUAUCCCCUCCAGUUUGAGAUCAUCACUCCUGGUAAGAAGCGCGUGUACGCGGCUGUUCUCGAGUUUAACGCGCAGGCAGGCUCUGUGGUGCUACCGGACUGGAUGUUCCAGCACUUGGGGCUCUGCGGCACGAUGGUGGUGAAAGUGCAGAGCUGCAGUCUUCCGCCAGGCUCCCUGGUGAAGCUCCGACCGCAUCAGAAGGCUCUUGUAAUGUUCGAGAAUCCGCGGCACCUGCUGGAACUGCGCCUCGCCCAGUAUCCCGUGCUCACCAAGGGCACCACAAUCGUGAUCAGCUACGUGGAUCGUGAGUUCCAGCUGGACUUGGUGGACAUUAUUGACAUGAAGCAGGAGUUCGUCAAUGGAAUCCUAACGGUGCGCGCAGACGGUGCACCAGUGGAAUUGAAAGUAGACUUUGAACGGCCACUUGACAUGCCACCGUCACCUCCAGAGACACCAAUUUCUGCGGUAGCAUCACCGACUGGAGUCAACGUUAUCGGUGCAAGCAGUCCUACUGGUGUGCAGUUUCAACCCUUUAACUUUCGGCCGCCUAGUCUCACGGGCGUCCCCAAAGUGGCUGCAGUGGCGCCACCGCUGCAGCACCAGCCAGGGCAAUCUUCCUCCUCGUCCUCCGGACCAAAAGGCGGCAACUCUGCCGCCAAGCCAGAGCAGCCUACCUUCACCGGUGCGGGCCGAACCCUACGUGGGGUCCUCCCGUCUGAGAAUCAGACGAACGAAGCUUCAGCAAGCGCCCCUGCCGCGCCGCCGACUGCGCGUCCCUCUGCGGAGGAGCUCCGUGCCAUGCGACUGAAGGCCCUCGGUGGAGGUGGGCGCUCAUGA